AACAUCACAAAUGAUACUUUUUAUUUGUGGUAGUGGCAUGCACUGUUGUGCUGAUAUAACCACAUGAAAACAGAAAGGCCUGUAUAACUUAGCACUGCUGCUGGGCCAUGUGAAGUGACAGGUUUACAUGCAUUAAAUCAGGUUAUACAAAGUGCGUAGUUCUGCUGCUUUACUUUGGGUGUCGUCCUUACAAGUUAGAUUUCUUGCCUUUGGUAAUCUGAAUAGCACGAUGCUGGUGAUUUCACAUGAAGGUGAAUCACCUAGUUUGGCUUCAAGUUCAGUAAGAAUCCUGCUUCGGGUCUAGCUGCUUCUGCUAAAAUGCUGAGUUAAUAGAAAAGAAAACCCAGAAACCUGCCUGCAGAAGACAGACUUCUGAAUAAAACUGUAUAGUUAACUCCUCUUUGAUGGUUUUGUGCUGUUCCAUGGCAAGUUUGUUUUUCUGCUUUUAAGUUUUACCUCCUUCUCCCACAGAGGGAAAAGACACCUGGUGAAGACUGGCCUUUAAAUUACAUUAUCUCAGCUUGCUUGUUGUUAUGCAUAAAUAUGUUUAUUUAGGAAGUUACUAAAGCUAGCUUACAGCAUUUUCAGUCUAAGUAUAGUAUAGCACUACAUAAACUAUAUAAUGCUGUAUAAAUUGUAGUGUCUGGAUGGACCAUGUGAGCUGAGCACAAACACUCAUUUGUCUGAAGGUGUUACAUUGGAAACUCCUGGUCCAGAGACUGUGCAGUUUUAUUGUUGGGAUUGAUGUACAACCUUAUGCACAGCAGUUGCACUGUUGCUUUCACUAGAAGGGGGUCCUUCGCUGCCACAGCAGGGUCAUGUAGCCUCCAGCAGGGCUGCUGCUAGAAUUCACAAACAGCAUAUGCUGAUUGGGCAGUUUCUUAACGUGCGAGAAGUUUUCCCUGCUGUUUUGUAUUUUUUUCUGUGCUCUCUGACUAUUGAUAGUAAGUUUUUAUUGUAGAUUAUUUUCCUACUGCUAAAUUGACCACUUUGUCCCUUAGCUCUCUCACCUUGUCUUAUAAAAACCACUCACAGCUCUUAAUCACAAAAGAUGACUUAAUCUCUUAAUCUUACUUGAUUCUUAGUACUUGCAUUCGUGACUUCACCACAGAGAAAAAUAUGCACAAGAAAACUUAUUGAGGGAGCAAUACUUACUGAUUAUUCAUUAUGACAUGGCACACUCAAAUCUUUUAAUGACAGUCUCAUGUGGUUGGAGUUACGCUGCUAUGGACAACAGUGCUGAUGUUUCUUCUUGGAGUGCUACUUUUCCUUCCUCCUUCCUCUUGCAACAGCAAAAAGUUCAAAGGCCCUGCUGAAACUGAGAUAGACAAUACCCACUGCUUUUCCCUCAUCCAUCCAGGCAGUUGUUUCAUCAUAGAAGGCUACCAGGUUGGUCAAACAUGACUUACCUUUAGCAAAUCCAUGCUGACUACUCCUUGUUGUGCAUGUGGAUAGAGAUGGCCUCCAGAAUGAGGUGCUCCAUUGCCUUUGCAGUGAUUUAGGUGAGGCUGACUGGCCAGUAGUUCCCUGGUUCUCCUUGACCAUCUUGGAAGACCAGGGUGACAUUUGUUUUCUUCCAGUCCUCAGGCGCCUCUCCUCAUCUCCACAACCUUUCAAAGAUAAUCAUGAGUGGUUUAGCCAUGGUGUCUGCCAGCUUCCUUGGCACUCAUGGAUGCAUCCCUCAGGGCCCAUGGCUUUGUGGGUGUCAAGCUUGCCUGGGUGUUCUCCAGCCCAAUCCUCCUUGGCCAAGGGAACUCUUCCCUUCUGACAUUCCUUAACCCUGGUUAUAGAUUCCUGAGGGCAGCUCUUGGCAGUGAAGGCCCUUGCAAAGAAGGCGUUCAGUAUUUCUGCCUCAUCUCUCCUCUGUUGCCAGGGUCCCUGUCAAUUCAGUCAGAGGCCUACAUUAGCCUUAGUUUUCCUAUGGUCACUCAUGUGUUUGAAGAAGCCCUAUCCUUACUGUUUCAAUCUAGGCUGAUUGUAAAAGAUGUAAGCUUUCAUUUUGCAUAGGGAAACCAUUCCACCAAGAAUAGCGUGUCAGUUUUGACCGUCCACAGCAUAUUGUGAUAGCAAAAUGAUCUUAUAAUUUGUAUCUUUGUAUUUUACAAGUAAGAUUUCUACAUCUUACACUUCUGGGGCCUGAACAGUUAACUAACGUUCUGUACUUUGUAGAUUUACACACAACACCACUUUUGUUGUGGUGUUCUACAAAUCAGUUGCACUAAAAACAUUCUCCAAUUCUCUAUGUUCUAUUCUCUGUAUUGUCUUGGCUUGAAGAGCAAUUUAAUUUGAAAGACAUGAAUAAUGUUGAUGGUUUUUUUCCCCUUAGUGUUUUUAAAAGACUUGUUAAGGCUUCCAAUUUCUUUUGAAUCUCUAUCUAAACUAUCAGCUUGGUAAAUUCUCAGGAUUUUUUUUUUAAUAUUUGGAAUUAAAUACGUGUUGAACUUUUUGUUGUAAUUACUUAGCUUUCAGUUUCUGUAAUAUAAUGGUGGGACUUGGAUUCAUUUUGCAUAGCUCUGAAAAAGACAAGACAAAUUUCUGAUGUUGUGAAUGGAGGAAGGCUUUCCACUCUUGCACUCAUGGGAAAAAGAAAUAGCUCACACCAGUUUUAUUCUUCUGCAUUGCUUCUGCAGGUCUAUUAAAUGUCUUUAAGCAAUUUUCCAAAUUGCUUCUAUUGAAUGACAGCCCUGUUCUCUGGUGGAAGGUUGAAGACUGACAAAGCUUUGCGUUUAAGUAUUAUUGGAGAAAAACUGCAAUGGUUUCAAAGUCACCUUGAUCCCAAUAAAAUUGAGUACACAAAGAAGGAAGCUGGUGAACUAAUUGAAAAUUAUAUGUGUCGAUUCAAUGCUGAAUUGGAGCAGAUUGAAUUACAAAACAGUAUUAAAGGCAGACAAGGAAGACAGCAUGGUUCACGGGAAACUGUCAUCAAGCAGACAAUAGAACGUGAAAGACAGCUCUAUGAGGGCUAUGGAAUAGAAAUCCCAGACAUUAUGAACAGAAAGCAUCUUAAAUUUUUCAGAGAAUGGGAUGGUGAUCUGAGGAAACUGCCAAACAUCAAAAUGAAAAAGCUCUCUGCUAGGGAUGCUGCCUGCAGUCACCCUGAGGUGACAGAUGCAGAAGCAAAAGAAGACUUGAAUGAAGAAGAAGAGGUGGACUCUGAUGAACACCAGCUGAUCCAAGAGCUGAAAUAGUGAAGGGAAUUGUAAGAAAUCUAUUUUAAUUUUCACUGCAAACAAAAAUAAAAUUUAACUAUAUUUCUAAAGGC